AUGUCACAUUCAGCUUUCGAUCGUUCCUCAUCAUCUUCUUCUUCCCAAUCCGAUCCAAAUCGCAUCGAUCACAACAUCCGACACUAUUUCCAAGUUUUCGAGAAAGAAAUUGUGCGCAGAAUUCAGGAAAGCGAAGAAAGACUUCGAAGAGAAAUCGAGGAAACAAGUAUGAGUAAAAUGGAUAAAAUAAUCGAUUUGAUAACAUCAAUCAAAUCAAAUUAUUUCGAUACAUCUGAUAGGAUUGUAAAACAAGGAGAUCAGAUUCAAAGAGCGAUUCAUGAAUUAGAACAACUCAAAUAUAUGUCAAAUAUGCAAGGGCCUAUUAUGAAUUUGAAUCAUAAUCAUAAUCAAAUGCCCCUCCCAGUUCCAAUGCCAAUCAUGAAACAAGAAUUGGAUUAUCUUCAAGAACAAGACUACGAUUUACGUUCACAACAAGUUCGAUCUUCUCGUAGAUCACGUUCUCCACGACAUCGACAUGAUAGAUCGCGAAGUCCGCAAUUUAUCCAAAGUCGCGAUAAUCCACACCGAAUAUUGAAAGAAGAUCCACGUGUGACUGGAGAAAGUAAACCGCAAGGUUCUGGAAAUAAAUGUAUCUAUUGUCAUUACGCGCAUUUUUCGGAUGAAUGUCCGAUUGUAUCAGAUGUUAUGAAACGAAAAGAUAUUUUACGCGCGGAAAGUCGAUGUUUUCGAUGUUGCGGAAAAUUGGAGAAUCAUAAUAAUUGUGCUUCAAGAGAAUGUCGAUAUUGUAAAAUUAUUGGAAAAACGAGAAUUGAUCAUCAUUCAUCGAUUUGCCGAGUUCCGAUAAAUACAUCUGCUUCUGGAAGAGGCGAUGAAUAUCGUUGA